CUUCUGCAGAAGCUACAUGAUCACCACGCCCCGGCAGUGGACUGCGGAGGAGCCUAAUAAAGUGUGCCUCUUCACCACUAGUCGUGUACCAGUAGUUAUCAAAGUCAAUCUCGUGAGCUACAACUAUCCCUUCACCCAGGAAAAUGUACAAAUAACUGAGGCUCUGUUAAAUUUCCCUGCAGGUAAAGGAGCUUGGUGUGAAGAAAUAGUUGUGCCAAAAACUACGUACACUAGUGGCAUAGUGGAACUGACGGGUCAACUGCACGGGACACACUUCAACCACACUGCCCCUCUCAGCCUUAGACCCAUUUCCCCGAUGAUUUUCAUUCAAACUGACAAGUCCCUCUACCUACCAGGCCAGAUAGUUCAGUUCAGAAUUCUCACACUGUCCGGGCCUUACAUGCACAUCUCUACCCAAAAGUACUCUCUCGUGUGGAUAACUACUCCCUCUGAUACCCGCGUAGCACAGUGGCUCAACGUUGACAAUUGUAAUGGUUUGGUCCAUCUCUCGUUUCAACUGGCUGAUGAACUUGAGCAGGGUACAUACACAAUCCACGUAGAAUCUACCGAGAGCAAGAGGACGAUGACUUUUAAAGUAGAACAGUACGUUCUGCCACGCUUUGAAGUGACGGUGAUGGCCACAAAAUACGUUCUGAUCACGGAUAACCACUUUACAAUUAACGUCUGUGCAAGAUACACGUUUGGUCAACCAGUGAACGGCACGGCGAGGGUAGAGGUGAACAAUGGGCAAAGUAGACAAUGCUUAUCAAACGUCACCAAGGAAAACACUAUAUUUGAGUGCCAAGAUUUCGUGUUCAGUGCGGCUGAAUUGCAAGUAAUAGACUGCCAGGUGUACACUCUACUAGCAGUGGCCAGGGUCACUGAGGAAGGCACUGGGGUGGAGCUCUCAGGCGAGGCAGUCAUAAGUGUCUUCCACACUGAAGUAACUUUCAGAUCUGUGAAUGAGGAUACAUACAUGAAGCAUUACCUUCCAUACACCGUCCAGGUAAGAGCAGAGCUACCAGACAAAUCUGCUGCCUCAGGGGUAGCAGUGGAGCUGUGUGCUUCAAACAAGUGUACAGUGAUGGUGGUUCCUGAAGAUGGUUUGUUAACAAUAGUCCUCCCGUCAUACUCGACCAAAAGGCUCUCGAUGAAAGCUUUGGACUGUCGUGCCGGCAUGGAUGAAGGCACCUUCUACAAGGCCAUUGAACAUUACUACUCUCCUUCGAACUCUUCCCUUCUAAUCAGUGCACCAGAUGGUCAAUUGCCCUGUGCUGAUGGUCAUCCUAGGCAACAUAUGCUCACACUGUGGUAUUCUGCAUCCCAGCCUACAGCAGAAAUCCACCUACAGGUGGUAUCGCGUGGACAGAUCCAAUACUGGCAAGUUAAAGAAUACCAUCUAGUGGAAGAGGAGCUGCCUGUUAGAAUGGAGAGCCUCGUGGAUGAUCUUCCCCAUCCCCCAAGCGAGAUUAUAAGAGGCUUCCUAAGUAUUGCUAUUGAUCUACCUCCAAUGGUUUCUCCAACUGCCAUGGUGAUAGCUUGGUACACAAGGAUGGACGGAGAAGUGGUUUCUGACGCACGGGAACUCAAAAUUGAAAAAUGUUUGGCUUACCCUGUCGCUCUGACUUGGCAGGUGCCACAAGUUCAACCCGGUGACCUCACAAUGUUUACUCUAUCCGCUGAACCUAAUUCUUUGUGCAGUCUGGGUGUUGUAGACAAAAGCACCGAACUGCUGUCGGAUGCACCAGACCCCAUCACAUCGGAUACAUUAUUUAGCUACGUUGAAAACUUCAAAAUAUAUCCUUGGCUCAACAGCCAAGUUAAUGACUACGAAUAUUGUAGGAAACAAUUGGAAGGAACGUCUUACCUUCCUACGAAAGAUGGAGAAGAGAAUUUAUUUCCGCGGUUUCCAUUCCCAGUCUACUAUACAAAUUAUGUGGAUGCCCUUAAGAUGUUCGAUGAAUCUGGACUCUACGUCUUCACAGAUUUGAAGAUUGAAACAAGACCAUGUGAAAAGGAAGCGCGACAGCCAAUCAGGUUCUUCGCAGACGCUAGACCCGACGUGGCAGCAAACUUGUUAGCACAAACUAGCAAGUCCAUCCAGGAGAGCAGCCAGGGCCCAGUUACUCCUAGAACAAACUUCCCAGAGACCUGGUUGUGGAGCCUUAUCUUGCAACCGUUGUCGGGAGUGACUGAGCAGCAUCUAAAAGUACCAGAUACCAUAACUGACUGGGUUGGUAAGGCAGUGUGUGUUCACCCUGAAAAAGGCGUGGGUAUAUCUCGAAACUCUUCCCUAGUCACCUUCACUCCUUUCUUCCUAGACCUCACACUGCCGCCUUCAGUCAAACGUGGAGAAAUCCUCCCCGUGAAGAUAUCGCUUUUCAAUUACCUGGAUCGCCAUUUGCCUGUGACUGUGACACUGCAGGAAAGUUCAGACUACAAAAUCCUGGAACCAAUUAACUAUGGAUUACCUGGACGAGUGACUGCCUGUGUGGCGGCGAAGGAUAAAGUUGUAAACACUGUGAAGAUAGACUUCCUUGUACUAGGUGAUGUAAACAUCACCGUGUUUGCUUCUGUAGACCACGCCAGUGUUCUGCCUUGUGGAGGACAACUUAACACCAGUAGAAGUGAUGCUUUAAUUAAGGCCAUGAAAGUAGAAGCAGAGGGCUUUCCAAAAGAAAAGACUUGGAAUAAAUACGCCUGUCCAAAAGAGUUGGCCGCUGAAGAUUCACUAGAACAGUGGGAAAUAGCUCCACCAUCAGUUACUGUCCCAGGUUCGGAAAGAGCCUGGGUAUCUGUAGUAGGAGACCUCUUAGGUCAAACACUAGAGAAUCUUGGCUCGCUGAUCCGCAUGCCGUAUGGAUGCGGAGAACAGAACAUGAUCAACCUGGCCCCCAAUAUCUUCAUCCUGGAAUACUUGGACGCAUCUAGACAGACUACUCCUGAACUACGCCAGAAGCUUUUGCAGUUUAUGGAUACUGGCUACCAACACGAGCUUCUGUACCGACGUGCUGAUGGAUCUUACAGUGCCUUCGGUAAUGCUGAUCCUUCUGGCUCAACAUGGCUGACUGCUUUCGUUCUAAAGUCCUUUGCGCAGGCUCGCAAAUACAUACUAGUUGACGACGUUCGUCUGAAUGAGACUAGUGCAUGGCUGAAGAUGCAACAAAAUCAUGAUGGUUGUUACAGGUCUGUUGGGAAAGUCAUCCACAAGGACAUGGCGGGUGGAAUUAGCGGUAAUGACACUUCUGUGCCGUUGACGGCGUACGUAAUUAUAUCUCUGCUGGAGGCUGGCACCAGUCCCUCGGAACCAGAAGUUUCUGGAGCACUAGAGUGUAUCUUGAGUAGCUCUUAUACCCUUGACCCUUACGUCCUGGCACUCGAGGCCUAUGCCUUGGCUCUCGCCAGACACCAGGACACUCCAAAGGUACUGCAACAGUUGCUGAACCAAGCUGUAAUGAAGACUGAUACACUUUUUUGGAAAUUUCCAGCCAAAUCCGGUAGUAGCCUGGGUUUAGCAGUAGAAACUGCCGGUUACGCAAUUCUCGCGAUGAUGCGUAAUGCAAGCAGAUCUGAUCUUCUAGCAAGAAAAGUUGUGAAGUGGGUCACCGCUGAAAGGAAUGGCCAAGGCGGAUUUUAUUCAACGCAAGAUACAGUGGUAGCUCUACAAGCUUUGUCGGUGUACCAGACACUCCAGUACCAGGGACCUUUAAAUGUAGAUUUGACUGUGACCGCUGUUGGGUUUAAUCAUAAUUUCAGAGUAAUGGAGUCGAAUAAACUCUUACAGCAAUUGGUGAAGCUUACGAACCUCCCUACCAACGUCUCCAUAGACAUCAAAGGUCAAGGUUGUGUUGUUGUGCAGGCUGUCCUUAGAUACAACAUUCCUAUUCCAGACUCCGGUCAAGCUUUUAGCUUGACAGUAGAGACUAAGACAGAGCCUGAUGUGGCAUGCAUUACAAAGCGAAUUAUUGCCUGUGUAGCCUAUAUACUUGCUGAUGGCGCCUCAAACAUGGCAGUCAUGGAAAUAAGGAUGAUGUCGGGCUACAUACCAGAGAAAAAUGAUCUCGAAGCGCUUAAGAUGAACCCAACUGUUAAAAGAUACGAGGAAGCUGGAAGCUUGGUAUCUGUCUACAUGAACGAGUUGACUGCAACCAGAACUUGCGUAGACUUCCGUGUAAUACGUGAAGUUGAAGUAGAGAACAUAAAAACGGGAACAGUGGUGGUGUACGACUACUACCAGCCAGAGUUCUCUGUCAGCAAGAGCUACUCUCCCACCUGCUAACGAGUGCAGGUCGAUUAGCCCGUGGUGAACUUCAAGGACCUAGUCUCAAACUGCUAGUGUAAAAAUUAAUUUUACUGUUAAUAAACUUCGUUGUAA